UUAUUCUCACAAAACACAAAAAAAUAAUCAUGAAUCUUAACACUCCUUUCAUCCUCUUGGCUUUACUAGCUUUAUUCUUGCUAGACACAUCAUCAGCAGAACAGUGUGGAAGACAAGCUGGGAAUGCAGCAUGUCCAAAUGGACUAUGUUGUAGCCAGUAUGGGUGGUGUGGCUCAACAUCUGACUACUGCGGUUCUGGCAAAUGCCAGAGCCAGUGCCCCGGUAGCGCGGCACCGUUUAACCCUAAUCCUGGCAGUGGUGGUGGCAGUGGAGUUGGUAGCAUCAUUACUGCACCUAUUUUCGAUCAACUGUUGAAGUAUCGCAACGAUGGGAGGUGCCAUGCUAUUGGGUUCUAUAGUUACAAUGCUUUUAUUUCUGCUGCCAAUUCAUUUGGUGGAUUCGGUACUUCGGGUGAUCUGAAUACCCGUAAGAGGGAACUUGCUGCUUUCUUGGCUCAAACUUCACAUGAGACCUCAGGAGGGUGGGCAGAAGCACCAGAUGGAGCAUAUGCAUGGGGAUAUUGCUUCGUUAGGGAAAAUAAUCGGCAAACUUAUUGUUCGUCAAAUCAAUGGCCAUGUCCUGCUGGUAGGCAAUACUAUGGCCGAGGACCAAUUCAGCUCACUCACAACUACAACUACGGUCAAGCAGGCAAGGCAAUUAGAGCAGAUUUGAUAAACAAUCCAGAUCUAGUGGCAACUAAUGCAGUAAUAUCAUUCAAGACAGCAAUGUGGUUUUGGAUGACCCCACAGGCAAACAAGCCAUCAAGCCACAACGUUAUCAUCGGCCAAUGGACUCCGUCUGGUGCCGAUAGAGCAGCUAAUAGGGUGCCAGGCUAUGGAGUGAUCACCAACAUAAUCAACGGCGGGCUCGAGUGUGGACGGGGUUCUAAUAACUAUGUUGCUAGCAGAAUUGGGUUUUACAGGAGAUAUUGUGACAUUUUGGGAGUCAGCUAUGGCAACAACUUAGAUUGCUAUAAUCAAAGGCCUUUUGCUUAGAAGCAAUUUUACUAUAUAAAGACUAUGUAAUAAAAAUAUGUCAAUAACCCAUUAGAAAUGGGGUGAGCGCUAUAGCGUUCGCAGUAGAUUUUGAGGUCGAGUCUCAAUAUCCUUACUACUUUAAUAAAUAAUAAUAAUGUUGUUAAUACAUUGAUUAACUAAAGCUA